AUGUGGCUAAAGAUCGGUAUUUGCGGCCUCACGGGUAGCGGAAAAUCCACUUUGGUCAACGCCAUUUUUCGGCUUGCUGACACGGCCGCCGGUCAUAUUAAACUAGAUGGCAUCUAUAUCGCUACGCUGGAACCACAUUACCUAAGAUCUCGGUUAACAGUCGUUCCUCAAGACACUCUGAUAUUCACCGGUACUCUUAGAGAUAAUUUAGAUCCAGAACAUCAAAUACCUAAUGUAGAACUAUGGGCUGCUUUGGAGGCUGUACACCUCAAAGACUCUUUCAAGAGUAUUGGAUUGGAUGGCGAAAUGUUUAAGGGGGGUAGUAGCAGCCUGAGCGUCGGCCAACAACAGCUAUUCAGUCUGGCACGGGCUUCCCUUCGUCCGUCAACGAUCCUCGUUCUAGACGAGCCGAGUAGCGCGUUAGAUGUGGAAGCCGAGCAAACUUUGCAUCAUUGCCUAGAGCAUCUAUUCGAAAAUCGAACUAUUCUCCUUGUGGCGCAUCGCCUAUUGAGCUUGCGAAAAUGCGACUGGAUUUGCGUCAUGGAAAAUGGACAACUAGUACUACAAGGCACACCAGACCAAGUUUUAAACGAGCUGCCAAUUUUUUAUUGAAAACUGUUGUCAUUAAACAUAGCUUUUAUUUGAUCUAAUAGACAUUAUCGCUAAGCCGUAUUUUUUUAUUAUCUCCGGAAAUCACGUCAAGUUGAUCAACUGAUGACCUUCUUCUAAUUUGCGCAAUGUGUAGCAAAUAAACUGGGAAAUUGAUUUGCCGAAUGCGAAAUUGUUUGUGUGCUGUACAUCCAUAAUCUCUUUAAAAAGCAAAUAAAGCUGAACUACGAGUA